GAAAAUCACUAGAAAUGUAUGUUGAAAAGGGAAAAGGAUAGACCGUGGGACGAAUGAAGACAAAGGAAUAUGAAAGCAGAGUGGAUGUGAACAGAACAGCAGAUAUUCGUAUGGUACAACUCCGUCAUGUCGAAACUACCCAAGGACAAAGCUUCCAGAGAUAUUUUAACAGUGUACCAUGUUCAAGAAGAAAUCAUCGACCUCCAAAGACAAUGUUGAAUACUCGAAAUACCCGUUGGAUACUACCACCCCAGUGGUUGAACUGUCUUCGACUAAGAGAACUAAGAAGGUUGGAAUUACCGGUAAAUUCGGUGUCAGAUAUGGUUCUUCCUUGAGAAGACAAACCAAGAAGUUGGAAGUCCAACAACACGCCAAAUACGACUGUUCUUUCUGUGGUAAGAGAACCGUCCAAAGAGGUGCCGCUGGUAUCUGGACCUGUAAGUCUUGUCGUAAGACUGUUGCUGGUGGUGCUUACACUGUUUCCACUGCCGCUGCUGCCACCGUCAGAUCUACCAUCCGUCGUUUGAGAGACUUGGCUGAAGCCUAAAUGAUUUUUGUAACC